AUGAUCGCCACUCCGAAGACCAAGCUACCCGGCUACGAAGAGCAACUGCAGCGCUUCAGGCACCACAAGUGCGACGGCAACACGCCUUGCUUGCGCUGCACCAGUCGUGAGAGUUUAAUCCUGCUCAACCCCAAGACGCGACGCAUACGCUGGACCCUCAGUGGCCCGCUCGAGAUAGCAGUCACGGUCACAGGCGAGUGGCCUUUCGAUCCGGACGAGUUCCCCUUCACCAAGCCAAAGGUGUCGUCCCUCAAGGUCUCCGUCGACCCGCUGGACCACUGGGACCACUGUUGGAUGGAGAUGCUCGAAGGGCACACGGACGCUGACGGGAUAUACGACCCUACUAAUGCUCUCUACGGGCGCUGCUGGGUGAAGACGGUGAUGAGCAUCUAUUAA